AUGACUUCUGCAGUACAACUUCAAUUGAACAGCGGUCAUUCUGCCGUAAACGAUAUUAAUCAUUCUACUCAAAGUGCGCAUUUAAAUGAUGGAGAUAGACGCCGUUCGGAAAAAUCUGUACCGAGAGUACUUGCACAUGAAAUGGCCGAUCACGUUUCAAACGCGAAAUCGUUUUACGCAUCAAAUGAACUUUUUAUUAAAACGGUGACGUUAAAAAAUCAUAUUCAUACGAUUUUAGAAUCCGAUGAUAUAACUUAUGAUGAACAAUUCAUAAAUGAAAUGGCUUCACUUUUAUCACAAAGAGAUUUUCAAUCUUAUUCAGAACUAACGUUGAAAGGUGCUCUGUGGCGGCAGAUUGGUCAUCGAAUUGCGAUGUUUGUUAGGGAGUUCGAUAACAUUAAACGUAAUAUGGCACAUUUGUCUAGUUGUUUUAUUUUGGUAUUCAACAGGAUGAUUGAAUUUUGUUGCACCCCGGAUAAUGAACUCAAGAUCGAAUUAAACAUGUUCAUCGACAAUAUUCGAGAACAUGUAAAACAUCUCGAUGACGCAUUGUGGACAAGAUGGUUUUCGUGCGACAAUACGUUUAAAGAUUGGAUGUUUUUUUUAGCUAGUGUUUUCAUGCCAGACGAUAAUUGUUUAAAUGAGGACGAAGAAAUUCGUAUUAAAAAUGCAGUAAAGUAUUUCAGAAAGGUAAGAUAUAGUCAGUACAUUUUAGACGAAUCUACAACACAACCCGUACCAGAAACAAAUGACGGCGACUUAUUUACUAGUGGUGGCAAGACAAACAAACGGAAACAUGAGGAAAAUCGUCGUGUUAACGAUGACAAUAUUAAACGUAUCCGAGUGACAGGAAGUAAACCCGGUGUUCUUAUCAAACAAUCACGAAAAAGAUUAAGGAGACUGUUGAAGUAAAAACAAAAUAAAAAAAUCCAAGCAUCGAGUCAAAAUGAGCCAGUUGUAUCGUGUGUCGUUCUCCGCAAAUAUCACUGGAACAAUAAUCCGUAUAUUCACUACGAAAUCGAUCCGUUGAUUUGGCCAGCGGUUAUGUCAUUUUAGAUAAACUUAAAAUCGCAUGAAAAAAUAUAGCGUACACAUUAAUAUACAUUGUACACGACAGUUGUUGCCGUGUUUAUAAUGUUAUUAACUCAGCGAUACUUAAAGCAU